AUGGUCGACGGAGACCCGCAGCAGCCUCCGACAUGGAAGUUCACCCAAUGCUUUGGUGACAAGGGAGACGUCGAGGACAUCACAGAAGGUAACUACUUGGCCACUGGUGACAAGGGUGGCCGCGUUGUUCUUUUCGAACGUAAUGAGACGGUACCAGCCAUCCCCGCUCCCGACGAAAGGCCUUCUCCCACUGACACAGGCAAGAAAAAAACAUGCGAGUACAAGUUCCACACCGAGUUCCAAUCACAUGAGCCCGAGUUUGACUACCUGAAAUCUCUCGAAAUCGAGGAAAAGAUCAACAAGAUCAAGUGGUGUAGGAGACAAAACGCCUCGCAUUACCUGCUGUCGACCAACGACAAGACCAUCAAGCUAUGGAAGGUCUUUGAGAAAUCCCUCAAGGUCGUGGCCGAGAACAACCUGUCGCAGGACCUUACGCCUGCCGGUGCAGGUGGUGCUGUCGGCGGCGGCCCCGUUAGAGCCCCUAACAAACACUUCCGCAGCACCGCCGACCUCAGCUUCCCUCGCAUGACACACCACGACACAGUCAUCGCCGCCGUACCUCGUCGUGUGUACGCCAACGCCCACGCUUACCACAUCAAUAGCAUUUCUGUGAACAGCGAUGGCGAGACAUACAUCAGCAGUGACGACUUGCGCAUCAACCUGUGGAACCUCAACAUCCAAGAUCAGAGCUUCAACAUCGUCGACAUCAAGCCUGCCAACAUGGAGGAGCUGACCGAGGUCAUUACCGCUGCAGAGUUCCACCCACUCAGCUGCAAUUGGUUCAUGUAUGCCAGCAGCAAGGGAACCAUCAAGUUGGCUGACAUGCGUGAGAGGGCUCUUUGUGACUCGCACGCCAAGCGUAAGUCUUUGUCGACAAGAAAUGAACAGAGAAAGGGACUGACAAGUGGCNNAGAAUUCGAGCAAGAAGAGGACCCGUCGUCCAGGUCGUUCUUCUCAGAAAUCAUCUCAUCCAUCUCGGAUGUUCGCUUCUCACAUGACGGUCGUUACAUCUUGUCUCGCGACUACCUGACGGUCAAGAUUUGGGAUGUGAACAUGGAGAGACAACCAGUCAAGACGAUUCCCAUCCACGAGCACCUCCGACCACGCCUUUGCGACACAUACGAGAACGAUAGCAUCUUCGACAAGUUUGAAGUCGUCUUCUCGGGCGAUGCCAAGAACGUCAUGACGGGAUCUUACAACAACAACUUCAUGAUCUAUCCAUCAGAAGCGGGCAAAGACACCGAAGUGGUACUGCAAGCCGAUAAGAGCGCGUUCAAGGCCAAGAAGGUUGGAAUCCCCACGCCGAUGAACGGAGCCAAGGACAAGAAGGGCAACAGCAGGGCCAACAGCCCGGCGGGCCAGGGAAGCAGAAUGCGCAAGGAGACGGAUGCCGAUGCAAUUGAUUUCAACAAGAAGAUACUGCACAUGAGCUGGCAUCCGUUCGAGGACAGCAUUGCCAUUGCUGCAACCAACAAUCUCUUUGUCUUUUCGGCACUCUAG